AUGACUAGCAAAAGAUCGCGCGGCGCCUUCGAAGCCGAUCUUCAAGCGCUCCAGUCUCCCUAUGCUUUCUAUGGCACACCGCUGCCCCCUCUUGACCCCGGUACGCGCGACGAUGGCUCCUACGUGCCCGUCUGGAAGCAAGAAGUUACCGACGAGCGAGGACGGAAGCGACUGCACGGCGCGUUUACCGGAGGUUUCAGCGCCGGGUAUUUAAACACAGUGGGCUCAAAGGAAGGCUGGACGCCGUCGACUUUUGUCUCUAGCAGGCAGAAUCGUGCAAAAGACAGGAAACAGCAGAAGAUCGAGGACUUUAUGGAUGAAGAGGAUAUCCGUGAGGCCGAAGAAUCCAAACAACUACACACGUCCGAGGAUUUUGCCGGCUUCGGCUCUACACAGUCUCAGGCUAUAGGCAGACGUGGUAUUAUCGACCUUCUUAAACCCGAAGGCGAAACCAUGGGUGUCAAGCUGUUGAAAAGGAUGGGUUGGAGAGAAGGGCAGGGAAUCGGGCCAAAAGUGAGGCGAAGAGCCAAUCUUGAUGAUAGCAGCAACCUAAUUCAAGACGAUAUGCGUCAACCUCAAAUCCAUCUAUUUGCCCCAUCAGAGGUACCGAUGGUGACUUUUGUUCGAAAAGUAGAUCAUUUUGGUCUUGGCUUUGAGAAGGAAGGUCGACUUGACUCCGACUUGCGCCUGAAGGGCGUUCCGGGUCGCCAGGAUGAAGAUGAGGAUGAAGCUGGCGAUUCAUUUUUCGGCGAGCGAUUGACGACACAGAAGCCGAAGAAAGGAAACCAGGUUCCACGUCGGGGAGGGUUUGGAGUCGGCAUCUUGAAUGAUACUGGCUCUGACGACGACGAUCCGUAUUCGAUGGGACCCCGAAUAUCCUACAAUCGUACUAUAGGAGGCGACAAGAAGAAAAAGAAGAAAUUAAAAGGCCCUGAGGAGGGAAAGGCGCUGGCAAGCUCAGCCAAUCCUCUUUUAAGCAACAAACCUGUUUUCAUCUCUAAGAAAACAUCUCUGGCUGGGUUUCGCAAGUGUCAUGAUGGACGUUUACCACUUGAUGGUUUCGUCCUCGCAGAUGCCAUUUCCAGUUUGUCCCUUUCAGCUGGGAAAAAGUUUGCACCACCAGAUAUCCCCGAAGGUUGGAAAUCGGCGAAGGUCCCUACAGCUCAGAGAGAUGCAUCCAAGUAUAUGUCAACAGCGGAUGCAGCUAAAGCGUCGAACCUUGGUCCAAAGGCUCGUGCUGAGCUACUCGGUGAGGAGCAACUCCCGGGAAAAUCUAUAUUUGAUUGGAUGACACCGGAAGCGCGUGAGAGGCUUGUCAAAGCUACUGGUAGGACUGAUCUUCCGCCAGCUCUGGGAGAAAAAGCCCCUAAAGGCUUUCAAACAUCAGAAGCUGAAAGACGUAGGAACUUGUGGGAUUUAGUCCCUAAACUGGACAAAGAAGCUGCUGUCCAGGCUCUGAAAAGAGCAGUCGGGGGCUGGAUGCCUUACUCAGAGGACGAAGGCAAGAGAGCGCGCUAUCGCACCUUUCUUGAAAUAUCAGCUGGUUUGAAGCAAGCUCUUCCGGAUCGCCUGCCAGGCUCAACUACGGAUGAAUGGGUGAAUGAGAUGCGCGAAUUUACUAGAGCAGCUGAAGUUUUCAAACCAAUAUCCGGCGUUAUGGCUUCGCGAUUUACUUCAGCCAGUUCCACGCCGAAAGCUACAUCUGAUCAGCCGGAUUCCUCCAUCCCCGAGUCUCUGCUGAGUCGACCGCCUGCAAAACCGGAAGACCCGGCAGAAGAAGCGGCCAAAAUUGGUAUGUUUGGCCCAUUGACUCGCAGUACGAUCUCGUUUUAUCCGACUCGCUUGCUUUGUAAACGGUUCAAUAUCAAGCCUCCAGCACACGUUCAGAUGGACCCUGGGGAUCAUCCCACAGGGGCGGCCGGAGAGCCUGCAAGGACUGCACGCUCAACAGGAAGUUCACUCGUUUCUCAGGACACCAUGGAUCGCCUUCUACUAGACUCUGGUAUGGGUAUGGCGAUGGCCGACAGAUCCAUAUCUUCUCCGGUACCAGAGCACAAGCCAGCAGUUAUUGAACCUAAACGGAACGAGGCCUUGGAAGGAGAGCGACCAGGCGAAGCUGUUUUCAAAGCUAUUUUUGGAAGUGACUCGGAAGAAGAUGAUGAAGAUUAA